AAGCAAAGAGGCCUCAAGCUUUGGAUUUCUCCCGUUUCCAGGCUCCUGGGACGGUCCUUGAGGAGCUCAUCGAGAGAGACCUCUUCAUCUGCGUGGUGCAGCCCGCAUCGGCAGGGAGAUGGAGGAGCGACGCAUCCCGGACGGCGAGGAACGACACGUCCCUAGUGGCGAGGAACAACGCGUCCCCGGUGGCGAGGAACGACGCGUCCCCGGUGGCGAGGAACGACACGUCCCCGGUGGCGAGGAACGACACGUCCCUGACAGCGUCUCUCCUCUCACUUUCGGAGGAAGAGGACGACGACAGCGGCGGUAGACCCUACACUGAAAUGCCUUUAUUCCUGAGGAGAGCCCCCAACUGCUCCGGAGCCAGCAUGAGUCAGGAAGGGUCCCACUCAGGCUCAGAACUGAGCGGCUCCCACCUCGCGGGAGGGCCUGUGCCGGACCUAGCCGGGUUAGGGUUCUCUCGGCUUGUUUGGAGAGGGGGACCGGCCGAGGAGGACGCCUCUGGCUUCCCAGACAGCGAGAAAUCCUCCUCCUUUUCCGAGAGCUCCUCCGUGGGGGAAUUCUCUCUCUCGGAAGCCCCAUGUCCGGUUACUUGUGGAGGGGAGAGGCAAGGCUGGGAGGCAGACACGGGCCAAGAAGACCCCUUCCUGCAGGUGUCUGUGUUGGCGGAGGGACUGAAGGGGGGGUCUCCCGCCGAGGAGUGGGGUGUGCCGAGGAGAGGUCCCCGUAAGACCGACCCUCAGCGGCACCUGCACCCUGACCCCAGCGUAUGUGUCGCGAGGGGAGUCAGCGAGGCCGCCGACGGCUUCCCCCUGGAGGAGCAGCUUGUUCGCUUUCAGACUGUGAAGCUGGCCCUGGACGAGGGCGUCGCGAGUGACAGCGAGAGCCUGGCCGGGGGCGCGGAGAGGGACCCGCCGCCCCUGAGCGCGGCACUAAGCGAGACUGGCGGAGCUGAGGCCUGGGGGAAAGGUGGGGGCUUGUGGCCGGCGAGGGACCCAGCGUGGCAGUGCCGGGGCUAUCAGCACAUGCGUUACAUGCCACGGACCUGACGGGGCGCAGACCUGGGGCUGGCCUGGCUCGGCGAAGACCCAGCCACACGCUGGCGACGUGGCGGGUUCCAAGCGGGCGUGGACCUCGGCCAGGCCGGCCACUCCCCUUCCCCGGCUGGGCGCGGGCACCUGCUGCCCUUGCUGGCCCCCCACAGGGACCCGCAGCCUCGGCCCUUCGCCUGGGAGCAGAGGACAAAGCCCCAGGGCAGCAGCGGGAGCCGGGGGCUUGUGUUUGUUUUGGUGCAGAUAAAAAUGCCCCUGUGGGUGCCAAGUGAGUGGCUCAAGGCUGCUGGGAACCGGAGCCGCCUCGUGGGGGGGCGGGUGUCCCACCGCCACACAGGGCUGCCCCCGCUCCCCGAGAGAGCCCGGGUUCCCUCCAGACUGGAAUCCCCGGCAGCUCUUCCAUCGCCCCAGCCGAGGGGCAUUUCAGGCAAUUCCUCUACCUCUCUGCUGGGGCUGGUGGGAUCCCCCUUGCUGCCUACCCCUCUCUGAGUGAAGAGCCAAAGUGCCAUGGGGGGGGGGAUCUUAAA